CCCCGAGUUGACUCAAUUUAUGCGACGAACCGAUGUUGAAUCGCGGAAUCUUCCUGUCUUGAAUCUAUAAUCCCUUCCCUAUUUUCCUCAUCUGUAUAAAACCACCGCUGCUUUUGUUCUUGUCAAUUUUUUUUUGUUCUUUAUUAUAUGUUUUUCUGGAAUGUUGGAGAACGAGAAAGAGAGGUGAAAAUUAUGGAACUGAGCUUGAAUUCAGGACUAGUCUUCGUCCCCAAAACCAUUUCUGAUUUUCUGCAACAGGUUUCGACAAUCAGAGAUGGAUCUGAGAAAUUGUCGAAGCUCGAUGAUUAUGUCAAAAGGUUUGAAGAAGAGAGGAGAAAAAUCGAUGCUUUUAAGCGCGAGCUUCCUCUUUGCAUGAGUCUGGUUAACGAUGCUAUUGCGAGAUUGAAGGAAGAAGAGAAAGCCAUAAAGUGUUCGGGAUCAAGAGAUGGUCAUGCUAUGGAGGAGUUCAUAUCGUUGAAGGGAAAUUCUGAUGAGGAUGGAUCGACAAAUUUGGCAGACGAUUCUAGUGACAAGAAAAGCUGGAUGAGCUCAGCUCAGCUAUGGAGCACAAAUGUUGUUGACUGCGAUUCUCAUAAAAAAAAUUCAGUUUCUGAACUUAAACCGAGAAUUGAAGAAGUGGUGGAUCUCCAUGUGUCUGAAAAACCAAUUGGGGUUUCUGAUUAUAGAAACAGAGGAGGAGCAUUUGUACCAUUUAAGGGUCAAGCUAGUCAUUGUGGGGUGGUGAGGACGAGCUUGAAGGAAGACAAAGAGAGUUCACUUUCACGGGUGCCUAGUCUGACUCUCAUGCCUCCAACUCCAAUAUCUGAGGUGGGUGGAACUAGUGAUUCGAAUCCUAAGAGCAGCCAUAGUUGUAAAGCUGGUUCUACUUCGUCUUUCUUGACCGAGCAAGUAAAGUUAGUCAGCAAACCACAACUGGUGCAACAGACACAGCACCAGCAUCAACAACAGCCGUUUAGAAAACAGAGGCGAUGCUGGUCUAUUGAGCUUCAUCGUCGUUUUGUUGAUGCAAUUCACCAGCUUGGGGGUUCUCAAGUAGCUACACCUAAACAAAUAAGAGAGCUUAUGAGGGUUGAAGGCCUUACUAAUGAUGAAGUAAAAAGCCAUUUGCAGAAAUACAGGCUCCAUGUGAGAAAAGUUCCCAACUCUUCGGCCGAGCCAGACAGUGGCCUAUGGAUGAGCCAAGAUCAAUGUGGAGAUAGCUCACACCAGUCUGCUUCUCCACAGGGUCCUCUAGCACCGAGCGGGUCUAAUAAAGCACUAUCGCAUACUGGCGGCGACAGUACAGAAGUUGAGGAAGAAGAAGAUGAAAAAUCAGACGGCCAUAGUUGGAGAGGUGGUAAUCACAACAAGGCAGGAGAAGAUGUAUAGUCAUACUCUUAUAGUCUUAUAUACUACCCCCAUGAAUUUUUGCAGAUAACUUUGUACAUGGGAGAUCACAUAUCUGAAUUUACAAGACAUAUUUCUUUACAAGGGAUAAUGGAAGAAUAGAAGGGUUUGAGGCUGGGAGUUCUUUUUUAGGCUUCACUUUUUGGGAGGUCAUGAGAUUUUUUUGCCCUAUUUACUUGCAAGUUUUCUUCCCUCUGUUUCUUUGGGGAGGUUUGUUAUUUUGACUGGAUAUGUAUUUGUAGGAAGUGACAUAACAAUAUUUACUCUACUCAAUAUUAAUUUGUAGUGCUUAACUUUUUUCUCUU